AGGUUCACCAGCCAGUGAGAUCAUCAGCAGGGCCGCAACGCACGCGCUCCACUCUAGCGCGCCCCGCGCGGAUCCCUGUGCCACACGCGUCCAGCCAUCGCGUUCGUGCUUUGUGCUUUGCGCCGCGAUAGACCCCCACGCACAAACACACGCACCCCGACGCGCUCCACCGCGCCCAACUCGCCCGCCAUGGAGCCACCCGCCAAACGAAUGCGCAUACUGCAGUCCAUCGGCGUCGACGAGGUGGACGAGAGCAAUCCGGACUAUAUCAGAGGGAAGCAACAGAACGGCGAGUGGCUGAAGAACAAGUUCGAGGCCAUCUAUGCAAAGUUCGAGGCCAUGCCCGACAUGAUGAGCGACGAGGUGGACAUGCGCGGCGAGGGGGCCAUUGUUGUGGACCGGGGGCACAUGCGGAAGCUGGACAAGGAAUACCGGAACCGGCUGGGACGACGACGGACCGUGAUGCCCGACAGGAGCCAACUCAUCGACGACAUGUUCGCGAACGACAAAGAAAUGGAGAUGGACGACGAGGACGAGAUCGACGAGAGGGACGAAUUGGCGCCAUCGCAAUCGCCAGAGCCUGUGCUACAGAAGGCGACUACGGAGCAACAUGUUGCCCCCAUCGCGCGAUUGACUGGACAGACCGACAUACCAGUGCCGAACACACCUGCAAAUGCAACGCUUCAGGCUACUCUCGCCGCUUCCGUAAACCAUACGGCCGACGUCUUACAGCUUGUCCAGUUCCCGCAGACGCCUGCCGGACAGCAGGCGCGGCAAGCAUUCGAAGCCCAUACUACGCAAGCCGUGAACCAAGCCGUGAACCAAGCUGUGGCCUCGAUCUUCUCAAGCUUCCUGUCCACUGUACCCACGUUCCAAUCUCCUCAGUUGGGUCUUUUUAAACUACCCGAAACGCCCGCUGCUCCUGUAAAGACUCGCGAAGUUGCGCCUGCGACCGCACCGAGCCUCUACCGUCCUCCUCCACCCGUAGUUUCGGAUCCACCCGCCAUUUCGCGAUCUAGUCCUGUGCCUGUUCAAGCUGAGCGGAGGAAAAGACGUUCGUUCGCGGUUGGUGUCCACGUCAAGCCCAGUCGACAUGAAAGCAUUCGAGAAGGUGUUCCCCUAUUCGUGGACCAAAAUACAACCCAGCUCCCAGAAGCAGACGCAAGCGAGCCCUCGGCUAACAAUAAUUCAUCGAACAUGAACCUGCCCGUACGUGAUUUCCAGUUAGAACGUUCCGAGAAGCCUCGAAGGGGAAAAUGUACAAAAUACGUCUUUACUGCAGAAGACGACCAGUACAUCAUCGAGUCGAGGGUGCUCCACAAACGUCCUUGGGCUGAGAUCAUGGACAGCAAACCAAAGUGGAGGAAAUGGAACAAAAGUUCGUUUUGGCAACGCUGGUGCAACAAGUUGAGAGAGCAGGCCACCAAGAUGGAACGGUCUGGAGAGUUGGCGUCACUUAGGGCUCGAGCAAACGCAGGAGGAGAACUAAAAGUCAGCUCAUCUAUGAACGAACGACCGGUAACACAGGCCCAAAGCUCGCCUGUAGUUCGGCAUCUUCCUACACCCAGCUCCUUAGAGAACGACGAAGCCAAGCAAUCAGACGAUGAGCCGGACCUCCAAGAUCCCGAAGAUCUAAUCGCAUCCGGCGGUCAUUUUGACGACGACGAGAAGGACCUACUAUCCCUGUGCGACGACGGCCCAACAGGCAAUAUCGAAGCCGAUCCACUCGGCAGCGGCGACACAGACUCAUACCUCGCCGACGCGCGGGAGAUCCCCGAAACGCCGCUGAACCUCACGCAGGAGACCUCAUCGCAGCCCGUCUUCCAGGGCACUGUGACGCGCGAAGGGACGAUAGAUGUCGUAUCGAAUUCGCAGACGACUCACGUUGCACCGAAGAGCGACAGCAAGAGUAAGCCUGCAACCGCAGCGAGCCCACCACACGCCUCAUCGUCCAAGACGAAGAAACCAUCGCCCAAAUCCAGAUCCAACCCCACCGCCCACACCUGUCCCCUCUGCCGCCAAACGUUCCCCACCGCCGCCCUCCUCGCCACACACACCACAUACCCGCAUCCCCGCGAAAUACACAUCAGUAUCGCAUCCUCGCCCCUCCCUGCAGCAACCCCGCCAAACGUACCCCCGACACCCGCUAUAAAACGCGAACCCUUCUCCGACAACGAGCUCGACAUGGACUCCACACCAACCAAAACAAACCCCCUCCUCUCGACACCGAUACCGGUACCUCACCCUUCCAGCAGCACUGCGAGCAAAUCCACGCCGAAAAGCACGGGGAAACUGUCCCGCGCUGAUUACAACGCCGUAAAGCGCGCCUGGGCGCGGGGAGGAGGCCGGGGUGCAACGCCCGGCAAGGGGAAGCGGAAGAGGCAAAGCCUGGGCACGGCGUCGAUGGCGCCGCGGAAGCGGUCCUGGGACGACGCAGCGGGAGGGGAAGGCAGUGCAGAUGAGCUGGGGAUGUAACGAUAAGAGCGAGCAAGCAAAGGUGCUGUGGGUGUAUCGUGGCGCUGACCUGCGCAGGCGUGUGCCGUCGCUUUAUGGCAGUGUGUUCCGCGCAAAGUAGCAUUAGUAACGACUUGGUCGAAAACGAAAUACCCACGCAUUUAUGGCGAGCACGGCGGACCAAUACAUACUUCGCUAC